ACAACAUGGAGGUUGAGAACGUUGACGACGCUCAUGUGCACCAACGAAACAUUUCUCAGAUCAAAAACAAGAAACGGAGGCUCGAAGAGUACCUGAAGCUUAAGCGAGCCAAGCAAAAGCUCAAGCGGCAAGCACAGAAAAAGCGUCGAAAGGAAGCCGAAGCCCUUGGUGAAAAUGCACCUCCAAAGCGAGAACCGCGUACCAUUGAAAACACCAGGGAACCGGAUGACACCAUGGUACAGGCAGAUGACGAAGAGGUUCAACUGGAUGAGGCAAUGGACGAAAUGGCUGCGUACUUCAGAAAGGAGUAUGUCCCCAAGGUGUUGCUUACCACAAGUGAUAACCCGCACUCACGAACCAUCAAGUUCUGCCGUGAACUCAAGCAGAGCAUACCCAACACCGAUUUCCGGUGGCGCAAUCGUUCGCGGAUCAAGAAGACUGUCGAGCAUGCCAUUGCACGUGGAUACUCGGACAUUGCGGUGAUCAAUGAGGACCGCAGGCAUCCCAAUGGACUACUUCUGACACACUUACCUGAUGGGCCUACUGCAUACUUCAGGAUAAGCAGCGUGAAGUUUUGCAAGGAUAUCAAGGGUCGUGCUGCCUACAGUGCUCACCGUCGAGACUACAUCUUCUUCCGGCACCACAGGUACGAGUUCAGGAAUGCAGAGAAAGUGAGCAUCCAGGAAAUAGGACCCCGUUUCACACUGCGGCUCAAAAGCCUACAGAAGGGAACCUUCGACUCCAAGUUUGGAGAGUAUGAGUGGGUGCUAAAGAGACAUGAAAUGGAGACCAGCAGGAGAAGAUUCUUCCUGUAAUCAAUACUUCCACCAGUGCAAAUGCUGCCAUCAGGACUGGGGCCACUGUCCAAGUCCUCUCUAGUGAUUGAGCACUGACUUUUAGUCACAUCCUCACAUCCAAGAUGUGCUGAUCGGCCAGAACACAACUUCUGAUAUGUUGGUGCCACUGGGAGAGCCAUUGUGCUAUGCACCUUGUUCUCCCAGGUGUGAUGCGACCUCCAGAAUCACUAAAUGCAGAAUAAUGAAAAGUUGUUCCAAAGAGUCA